CCAGGUUCAGGACUUGAAUCACGGUCAGUCAUGUGGGAGUCCAGCGCCCUUAACCACCACACCACCUGCCAGCUCCCAGCUUAUCUUAAAGGAUAAGGGUACUUGGUACCCUGCCAGUUUCUCCCGGCAUGAUGGAACGGACCCCUUCGUAUACGGAGAGGACAGCAAAUGGUGCCAGAGACACUAGUCCAUGGCUGCUUGAGUGGAGAGAAUGGUCUUGGGGGCCAUGCAGGACAGAAGCAGUUAAGAUACAGGCUCAGGUGGUGCUAAAGUGCUGCCCCUGUUUAGGCCACUGCUCCCACACUCCCAGACCUCGUGGGUCGAGGACAUGCCAUUCUACCAAGUUAAUAACUUCCUACCCCAGCUGGGAUCCUGCCCCAAGCAGGAAUAUAGCUCGAGUCCACCUGUGGCAUUUCCUGCUCAGACUCAAAGCUACCCUGCAACUCAGGACUAAGGAGCGUGUCACAGGAAGAUAGGGCUUCAGGGCAUCUGUCAGGGACUGCCCCAUCCCAGAACUCUAUAAUGAAGGUCCAUGUGCUUGUAGGUGUGCUGGUCAUGGUGGGCUUCACAGUGGGAAAGGCGUCUGUUCCUGAAGUCCGGACUUGUCACUUCUGCCUCUUGGAAGACCCUUCUGUAGGAUGCAUUUCAGGCUCAGAGAAGUGCACCGUCAGCAGCUCAUCCCCAUGCAUGGUGAUCACCAUCUUCCGUGGUAUCAAGGUCCGUUUCGUGGUCCGAGGGUGUGGACAGUACAAUUCCUACCGUUGCCAAGAACAACGCAACACCUACUUCUCAGAGUACUGGUAUCAGGCCCGCUGCUGCCAGUAUGAUUACUGCAACUCCUGGAUGAGCCGCCAGCUCCAGAGCCCCCUGUCUGAACCCCUUGACCCGCCCCUGGCCCUGCCCCUUUCUGAUGCCCAGGUCAGACAGUUCUACCAGGCCCUGAACCUCUCACUGCCCCUACCUAGCAUUCAUGCUGGGCAGGUGCCUAAAGCCCUAGACCCCCUGGCCACCCUGCCCCUGAAACUGGGCCUGUCUAUUGCUGACCUGCGCCACAUGUACUUGGUCUUCAAUGGUUCAGGACUUUUGGUUCUUCCCCCGACUAGACCUUGACACCUAACUCUUCCCAGAUUCCACCCUGUUCCGGAAUCUCUCCCUAACACCUCCAGCUUCCUGCAUUGAGUUUCUGAAAAUACCCACCGUCUCUGGUCACUGUUAUUUCUGAGGCCUCCUCUGUACCUUCAGUGUGUGUACAGCAUUGGUUUUAUUUCCACUCCCUGGCUCUUGUGCGACUCUUCUCCCUGGAAAGUAUCAAGUAUGGAUCUGCCCAGGCCAGUCUGGGGAAGUCACGGCGUUUUCCUGUAUCCCUUUCCCAUCGUUUGAACGUUCCAUCUUCCCAUGCCCUCCGAAUCUGGCCACCCAUCACCCGUUCAGAUAUGGUGUCCCCUUCAGCUCUGUAUCCCCGUCAUGUCUCUAAGACCUGAUACCAGACUGAGCUUGCAGCAAGAAGGAUGAGGGUAGACUUCCUUGUAGCUUUCCUGACUUGUCAAUCUGGUGAACCUGCCUCACUCACCACCACUCCCAUCCUGUCUCCUCCCCUCUGUCCUCUUUUGUCAGUCUCUGGCCUCUUCAGUCCUGUUUCCCCUCACUGAGUUGCAGCACUCAGCUCCACAGGAGCAGGGGAGAGGGGAGUGUCCUGCUCUGCUCCACGUCCCCUGUUUCCCUCCACAAUAAACUGGGACUGGGU